GAUGCCGUGGUAAAAAUUGACCGAUCCUCUAGAAAUAUGCUGAGUUCGCUAGGCAACAAGAGGCUUUCCUGAUCUAAAUGGUUUAUCCGGAUACGUUGGUGACAUUCUCGUGAUCUCCUAGGCGGAGAACUAGAAACGUCCACUUCUUCAGGGAAGUAUGUUAUGAUCUUAAAUUCUUCCGACCACAACGAGGUCUUUGGAGAAAGAAGAAAACAUGUUUUCUUAUACAUAGACUCUGCGUAGUUUCUAUGAAAGCAUUUCCAGUGAAGUUCUGAUAAUGGAUGUCGACAUGAUUUGCAGGGAAACGGUAAAGCCUUCUUCAGCAACGGCAGCCAUCCUGAGAACCUUCAAAAUCUCCUUCCUAGACCAACUCAUCCCCACUUUCUAUACUCCCUUAAUCCUCUUCUAUUCCAUCGAAGACAGCGGAACGAAACAUGAACGAUCCUCAUCGGUCCUAAAAGCAUCGGUCUCUGAAGCCUUGACCUGCUUCUACCCUCUUGCCGGGAGGACAGGAGGCCACGGCUUCAUCAACUGUAACGACGAGGGCGCUUCGUUUGCCGAGGCACAGGUCCCAUGCCAUACGAAUGAGUUUCUAAUAAUAAAUCCCAUCAUAGGAAUGCUCGAUAAACUGCUCCCGGCUCGACCCAAUUCGUGAAACAACCUGACGAUUCAUCGGCCCCGGUGGCAGUGCAGGCGAACGUUUUCGAAUGCGGUGGGCUAGCGAUCAGGAUAUGUGCAUUGCAUAUUGUUAUAGACGCGACUACGAUGAGUCAUUUCCUCUCCUACUGUGCGGGAAUCGCCCGUGGUGGGUCUGUCGAGGAGUUACCGCAUCCCGACUUUGGUACGGCAUCCUCUCUCUUCCCACCGAGGGAUCCAUUGCCCAAGAACUUCCUGAAGGUUAUGGAACGAGGGUGGUUCAAAGAAGGGAAGUUCGCGAUCCAUAGGUUUGUGUUCGACCACAAAUCCAUAUCCAUCCUCAGGGAAAGAGCCCGAGAGGGCGGACUGACCCCGACCCGGCAUGAGGUGGUUAGCGGGGUCAUAUGGAAACAUGCCACGGCUGCCUCUAGGGAAAAGUCUGGGUCACCACCAAGAAUAUCAAUUUCAAUUCACUCAACUGACAUGAGGCAAAGAAUGAAGGAGAAGAUUCCCAAGUGUGCAGUUGGGAAUCUCCUAUGGUCAGCUUUUGCAACAUAUGACCCAUCCAACGGCACAAGCGGGACCCUCCCUCACUUGGUGAGGCUCGUUAGGGAAUCCGUUGGGAAAACUAACGGGGACUACUUGAGGGGUCUAGCGGGUGAUGGGGGUUCUGAGCUAUUUACGGUGGACUAAAACACAUGGUCGAGUCAUUCCCCAAUGACGGUGAUGUCCCGGAAGUGUUCGAGU